AUGGUGUGCGGUCAAUACCGUGUUCUCAGCCUUGGUGUUGGACUGAACUUGGCGCCCUACAGUAUGACCCAGUACAUCAUCCACAAUAAGAUGCCCAAGCAUCCCGAUCUACAGGCUGUUGAUUGCGACGGCUACGUGCACGCGGAGGGGACAAUCAAGCUCGAGCAAGACUUGCACGUUCUCCGGGAGAAGCCGCUGUCCAGCGACAUCAAAGUGGCUGCUAAGAAGAAGCCCUAUCUGAAGGUGGUGUACGACUUGUCUAGACGUUGCCGAUUCGUACCGGCCAAGAUGAGCGAUAUCUCAUCGGACGACCUGCCGUUAUCCACGGCUAGCGUUGUGGCAAGUUCGAUCCCGCCGGCUCCUACGACGAGUCUACAGCCUGGUGCAACGUGGAUGACAACCCUCGGCGAAACUUUACCAGCUAAUACCACAACGGUGGCAUUACUUGAUGAGUUCCUCAUAGAUAGUUGCGAACGCGCCGUGGAUAUUGCCAUUCAUAAUAUAUGCGCCCGGCUCGUUUGGUCACACUCUUCAACCUCCAACACAUGCACCAAUUUCAACAUGCGAUUUAGUCUAAGCUCACUGGGCUUAGGCCCCCUCUAUGCAUCGAUGCUCUCCCUCUACUCGGGCCAGGAAUCGAGUUCCGUAACGCAUCACCCUGUCCUCCCACCGUCCUACCCGCUAGCAGUCCGCAACCCGUUUCUAUCGGCAUGGAUGCCCAGCGACCGAGUACAGCAGUUGCCCUAUGCUGAACCUCAGUUCUGGGCUGGCCAAGAGCUCGGCUGGUCUGUGAUUGUCCGUGUGAAUGGCCAGGCAUAUAGUCUGAUGGGCGUUCCAGACAUGGGCGUAAGCAAUAUCCGCCCUGCGACGGUGCGUCGCGCUGAAUUUACCGCUACGCAUUCGAUAUUUGAUCUUACGGCUGGACCCGUGGCAUUUAAGCUGGAUUUCUUGUCGCCUGUGUCACCGUCAAACUAUGUUCGGCAGUCGCUUCCUUUUAGUUAUUUAACAGUACAGGUAGCUGAAUCGCGCGGCCAUGAGAUCCAGAUCUAUUCAGAUAUCGAUGCCAGGUGGACUGGCGGAAAAAGCCACUCACAGCGCGACUUCGAAGAGCAAGACGGCCUAGCCAUUUACUCGCUCACGGUCGAAGACGCACCGCUGUAUGCCGAGGCAGACGACAUGGCUCUUUGGGGCUCAGCAAUUCUCGCCUCUCGAUCAUCUAGCUUGAGUCAGUUAACCGCUCUCUCGGGAAGUCCCGAGGAUGUACGAAGGCUAUUUGGUGAGGAUGGUAAACUAUCUGGUGAGGACGAUACCUGGGCUGAGGGAAGUGUUGUCGCACUGGCUCACAAUCUUGGUAACGUCACUGGUGGGCAUUCUGUGAACUUCGUGGUCGGGUACGAAAGAGAAGCCGCCAUCAACUAUCUUGGAGAAGCAUACACUGGUUUCUAUCGUGCAGAGUACCCCACCACAUCGAGCGCCCUCUCAUUCUUCUUGGAUGACUAUAGCAACGCAUUGCUAGAGUCAUUGAAACUGGAUCGGGAGCUGGUCGCCUUAUCUUCUGCCGCUGCGGGUCCCAAGUAUGCAGAUAUCCUAGCUCUUUCGACCCGGCAAGCAUACGGAGGCAUCGACUUGGUAAUUCCCAAUGACUCUCUCGACACCGGUGAGGUGUUGGCUUUCAUCAAGGAGCUUUCUAGCAAUGGAAAUACCAACACAAUCGACGUUAUCAUGCCCGCCUUCCCGAUUUACUACGUCAUGGAUCCGGACUACAUCCGACUAUUGCUGGAGCCCAUUAUGAAGUACCUUGCUGCUGGUCGCUGGCAUUUGCCAUACACGAUUCAUGACCUUGGCACUCAUUAUCCCCAUGCUAUUGGGCACGAUGACCAGAAAGCAGAGCCGAUGCCAAUCGAGGAAUGCGGAAAUCUGCUUAUUUUAGCUGCUGCGUAUGUUCGAGCCACUGGCGAUACCGACUGGUCUGCGCAUUACAUGGAGGUUUUCCAGAAGUAUGCAAAUUACUUGCUGGAAAAUAGUGUCAAUAUUGCCAAUCAGCUGUCGUCAAAUGAUGCAGCUGGACCUCUCGCGAACGAGACAAAUCUGGCAAUCAAGGCCGCAGUUGGCCUCAAGGCGUUUGGGGAGAUGAGUGGAGAUGGGGUUUACUCCCGCGCUGGUGACCAGCAUGCAAAUAUCUUCUUCCAGCAAGGCUUAGGAACAGACAAAGACCAGACACAUUUUGUUUUGGAAUAUCCUGACUGGCCAGGUACUUGGAAGACCCCAUAUAAUCUCUUCCCUGAUGUAUUGCUGGGCUUGAAUACAUUUACCGACUCUGCCUAUCAAAUGGGAAGUAACUUUUUCACAUCUGUUCGCGGUGAAUAUGGUGUUCCUCUCGAUAAUCGCCAAGACUGGGCCAAAUCGGAUUGGAAUAUGUGGCUGGCUGGUACCUUUGAAACGAGCACCAGGGACGAGUUCGUCGAUGACUUAUGGUCGUUCAUGACCAAUGGAAAACACAAUUGGCCCUUCUCUGAUCGGUAUGUUGCAACCUCUGCGCACGGAAAUGAGCCAGGAGUUCCUAUUUUGUGUAGGGCCCGUCCGACUGUUGGGGGACAUUUUGCGUUGUUAGCACUGAAAGGCCCUCGAUCCAUUCAAUCUUUAUCAUGUCGACGUGGAGCAGUGUUGGAGCCAGUGGGAGAGAUGGUAGAUAGGCAGCAAUACCUGUUUGGGAAUCAUAUCAAAGAACUUUGA